GAAAAAAUGCGUGUAAAGGGAUUCGAGAAAGGUCGAUCUUUUCAUUUCAUUCAUUCAUUCAUUCUCUAGGGUUGUGCUAGGGUUUUGAGAGCGCCUCGCCGGAGAGGCCCGGGAGAAGCAAAUUCGAUCGGUCGGAUGGGGCGCCCGCUUCCGGCACACCUCACGACUGUGGACGCUCUGCAGGAAAAUGAGAAUGUCGUGCUGGGAAUGCCUGGGCCAUGGGCGGAGGACAAUCAAGAAAUGAGCGAUCACUACACGAGCAAAGUCGGGGGAUUGCCGGAUUGGCCGCUUGAUUCUGACGAGAUCGACAGCAGCUUGCUGAAAUGCAGUGUUUGCGGUGGUGAAUUGGGACUCGUUGCACAGGUGUAUGCCCCGUUGUCGAUCAACAAUACCAAGAUCGAAGAACGUGUGCUUUUUAUUUUUGGAUGCCCCACGUCUAGCUGCGGUAUCAGUCCUCUCAGUUGGAGAACAUUGAGGUUGCAGAAGGAUGGUCCCUCGUCACCUGUGUGCUCGCCGGCUAGCGAUACGCCAUCGACUUCAACCGGUGAGUCUGGUGAUGAUGCGGAAGCUUCAUCCGCUAGAGACGAUCAAAACUCGAAUGAUUGGUGGGAGGACGACUCCUCGUGGGCUCCUAUAGCUCAGGCUGAGAAUGGGGAAGAGGCUGGGAGCAUGGGAUUGCACGAACUGGAAGAAGCUCUACUCGAGGCCGGAUAUGCUGCGGCGGCUCGACCGCAGUCACAGGCCAGUACGCGCCAUGAGAUACGAGAGUCCAAUGAGGAUGAACCAACGUCAAGCGAGGAGAUUACUGAGGCCGAGUUACCUGUGCUACCAUGCUUUUACAUCUAUUCCCAGAAUGAGUCCCAUCCGUGCCGGGGCAGCAGAGCCGUGAGCGCUCUACAAAACUCGGAACGGCUUGUGGACUUCGGUCUGGAUGCUAGUACCGGUACCGAUUCCGCUCAGGCGGACGAGUGUUGGGAAGGGGAGGAAUACGAACACGAUAGGGCCGUUUCAGCUGAUAGGACUUAUUUGAAGUUUAAAAAGAGAUUGGAUUGCUACCCGGAACAAUGCUACAGGUAUAGUUUCGGUGGCCGUGCGUUGCUAGCGAACAAAGAUCAAGGGGAUCCCGGUGUUUGCUCCUUGUGUCGAGGGCCUCGGGUUUAUGAGAUGCAGCUCAUGCCACCGCUUCUCUACUAUCUCCAGCAAGCUUGUAAAGAUCUCCCUUCUACGUCCUACGGCCCCAACGAUUGGGAAUGGUUGACAGUCAUCAUCUACACUUGUGCUCAGAGCUGCUCAAGGCCACCACAGGCUGAUGGUGAAAGGAAGAGUUGGAUAGUGGUGGAAGAAGCUACCAUUUUACAGUACGAGACAUAAAAUGGAUGGAGAUACUACACACCGUCCUGCAUUGGAUCAAUCACUAAUCAAGAAGCACCAAAAUCGCAGCUCGCGGUUCAUUCGUUUAUUGUGGAGGGAGGCAUUUCUCACUCUUCCAUUUCGACUUCCACCUUGGGCAAGUCCCAGACGUCCUCAGUCGUGGCGCCAGUAACGAUCAUCAUCGGCUGCUGAAGUGGUGGAAGGUUAAGGAAAAGAAGAGAAAACAAUGCGAGCAAGACUUUUCCAAAGGAUAUCAUCUUCUUCCUUUUGGCCGCGAUUCAGGCUGUGUUGGAGUUCUCUUUGGACCUCCGGCGUGACCUGCGUUCCAUCAAACAAAACCUUGUCAAUCAAUCAAGUCCAGGACGAGCAACAAAACUUUCUUCUCUCGACUUGUCUCUCACCAGAUAAUGCUUCUGAUGGCGCAUCAGUCGCUUCAAGCUCCCCUUAUCGGCCUCGGUUAAAGAGUUCUUGUACCUGGCAAACUUUCGCGACAUUAAUAAAGAGCAAAGGAGAGAAACUUCCUUCUUUUCGGCGAA